GAUCGUUGUCUUCGAGUAAGAAGGAUCCUUAUCUCACUUUUGCCAUGACUUGGAUUACUAUAGUACUAUUGAUAUGUGCAAUAUACCACAGCAAAUGUAUUGAACACAACGACCAUAUGAACAAACAUGAUGAAUUCCUGUUUAGUGCUUUUCCUGGCUCCAUUUUGUCCUUUUCCAUAAACGACAAAGACAUCCAGAAACAAACCGCUCAAGUUCAUAAUAAAAUGGAUUGUGUCUUUACGUGCCUUGAGGUUCCUUGGUGUCAAUCAAUGAACUUUCAAACCACAGCCCAGAAUAAUGGACUUCACGUAUGUGAGCUGUUAUCAACCGAUAAAUAUACUCACCCGAAGAACAUGAUACAAAACAACGCAUUUACUCAUUUCAGCAUGAAGAAUCCUUGUGAGCAACAAUCUUGUCAUAAUGGUGGCACCUGUAUCCUUCAGAACAACAGACAGGAAUAUCGCUGUCAAUGUACGAAACGCUUCGGCGGUACAAAUUGCCUAAAUGGUAAUCCUGCAUAUUGUGACUUUGAAAUCGACAGAUGCCUGUGGACAACCGACCCACAAAACACUUACAGGUGGAGACGUAAAAAAGGAUCCACACCCAGCGUAAAAACUGGUCCUUCUGGUGAUAUAACAAAAGAUUUGAGCGAGACAGGUUUUUACGUCUACGCUGAGGCUUCAGGUCCAGCGCCAAGAAAGGCAACAGAGCUUCGAAGUCCGGUAUUUACCGCUAAUUCUGGACGAUGUCUCCAGUUUGCAUACCACAUGUAUGGAUCAACCAUGGGGUCAUUGAAAGUCUAUGUAAUAGAUAUCCACACAGGAACAAAGAAUAUGAUUUUUACGAAGAGCGGUAACCAGGGACAGCAGUGGUAUAGGAAAAGUGUAACUGUUACAAGCCCUAAUGAUUAUAAGGUCGUGUUCGAAGUCAUCAAGGGAAGCGACUAUGCUAGUGACGUAGCCUUGGAUGAUAUGUUACUUGAAGAUGGUGGGUGCACUGCCUAAGGCCCAACGAGUACUACCGCAUGCACAUUCUUGAACGGCUGGCCCUACAACUUUACUUCAUAAACCGUAUUACACGUGAUCUUACUCACAUCAGGGCCCGGUUGUACGAAGCCUGGAUAGCGCUAUCCGAUAAAUAAAUCUUACUCAGUGGAUAAAUUUAUUGCAU